AAGUCUGCUGUUUCUUUUAAUUUCUCAUAAACAGAGCACGACUUAAAUCAUUUUCAUUCUCCUGGUUAUGGUGGCAGCAGCAGUGCAGUGUCUACAUUCCCGUUUCAUAAGUAAGACUGCCAAGAAAAGGAUAUGGUGGUGGAAGAAAAUACGGACAGUUUAAAUUCAAAUGUUAAUUAAUAGACUGCAUCAAUAGACAUGUGGAAGUGCGUGUGACAGAGGACGGGCUGUUAGUUUGUUAGUUGUGUGACGUAGUUAAAAGUAUCGAUAUAACGCAAAUUUCCGAUUGCGCUGAUCGACGAUGACUUGAAACUGGCAGCAGGGGUGUUUUGCGUGUUUGUGUUUGAAGUUUUAAUUUGAAAAAAAAAUUAAUUUGACAUUUCUACAGUGCAUGCAGGAAAGUUUAUAUCAAUAUGAUCCAUCUCCAGGAAAGUGUGAACUUCAAAGGCUGCAUAUUGAUAUUUCCCUCCGUCUCAGUUGGAAAUGCCGGUCAACUUGCUGUUGAUCUUCUUAUAACCAAAAUGAAUCCACGGAAGAUUGGAUUAAUUUGGCAUUCAGCUAUUAUGCCAAUGGUGGGGGGAGACCCCUACAGUUCAAGUGAAACAGCUUUAACAACAAGUGGUGAAUUAUUUUAUUCAGAACAAUGGAAGAUGGUGAUUUUCCAGAUACGUUCACCAAUCAUGCAGGAAAAAAGUCAAGAUUUUGUGGACAGGCUAAUAGAAUGGAUAAAGGAAAACUCCAUUGAUAAGAUUGUCAUCUUAACUGGCAUCUCUGACUACAUGAGAAAUGACAGUGAAAUUGUGGGACCAUCUGUGAAGUCUGUGGUCUCGCCAACAUUUGCAGAGAAGUGUGAAGCGCUUAAAAGGUUAGUAGAGAACCAAACAUCAGACCCUCAGACACAAUCUGUCAUUUUGUAUGAUGCAUCUCAAGAACCAAAGAAGAUUUCUAUGCAUGGAGGUGGCAUUUCAUGGAAGCUUUUUAAUGCUUGUAAUGUGGGAGGUGUGGCAGCACUGGUUCUCAUGAAGUACUGCUCUGACGGUGAUAACAUCCCAGAUGCAGUAAAGUUGUGCACUUACUUAAACACGUUGUUGAACCUUGUCCCAUUUGAUUGUGAUUGGGAGUCCCCUCCUUCAUGGACAGGUAUGUUUGGCAACCCACCCCAGCUUGGUUUAUACUAGAACCAUAAGCCUUUACUCUGAAAUGCUAUUUCAUUGGAUACUAUUGAUUACUGACAUGAAAAAUGUUGAAAUAAUGUUUAAAAAUAUAGAAAUCAUGUAUAUAUUUUCGUUGUAUUUCAACACUAAAGUAUGUAUAAAAUGUUCGUGUACUUUUCCUUUAAUAAACAUAUCUGGUACCUUAUCUAAA